AUGUUAACAAGUAUUCUCAUUGCUAUAUUUAUUGUAUUAGUUGUAUAUUUAUGGCAUAUUCAUCGAACUUAUAGUUAUUUUAUUCGACUUGGUAUUCCAGGUCCUCCAACAACAUUUUUCUUUGGUAAUUUCGUUGAUUUCUUCAAAACAAAACGUAUGUCAAUAUGUAUAAAAGAAUGGACAAAAAAAUAUGGUCCAGUAUUUGGUUAUUUCGAAGGUCAUACGCCAAUUCUUGUCGUUUCUGAUCCAAAUAUUUUACAAGAUAUGUUUAUUAAAGCAUUUUCAAACUUUCAUUCACAUCGUGAAUAUCCAUUUGAGGAACCAAAUAAGAAAGAAUGCUAUUUAUUUACUGCAAAAGGUCUUCGUUGGAAACGACAACGAUUUGUAAUCAAUCCAACAUUUUCAUCGGCUAAACUCAAACAGAUGUCUCCAUUAAUUAAUCGUACAAUCGAGGCAUUCAUGAUGAAAUUAACUGAACAAUAUCAAAUUGGUGAGCCAUUUGAUAUUUAUGUGUUUUUAAAACGUUUUACAAUGGAUACAAUCUGGUCAUGUGGAUUUGGUCUUGAUACAGAUAUGCAAAACAAUCCGAAUGAUCCAUAUCUUAUUCAAUCACAACGUGUAUUCAGUCCAGAAUUAGCUCUUAGUAACGCUGUACUUUUGUAUUUGUUUAUGCCUGAAUUCAAAUGGUUUUGGAAUCGAUUGCAUGAAGUUAAUAGUUUUGUGCGCGGAUGGGUUCGAUAUAAUGUGCCUCUAGCACGAAAGCUGCUCAUGGAUAACCCAGCUACAUGGAUUAAAAGGGAGAGCCAAGAAUUGAUCAAGAAGAAAGUCAAUUUAGGUAGUACAAGUCGAAUGGAUCUAUUACAAUUAAUGCUCGAAUCAAUAUCGGAUGAAGAAGUCAUUGAAGUAUGA